CUACACCGGGCGCCGCCAUAAUGGCUUGAGGCGGAACGGCCUCAACUGCUCUUUGCUUUGCGACAGGAAGAGCGAAUCAGUGAGGCCUGGCUGGGCUCCGCCCCGCAACCCAAUACCGGAAAAGGCGGAUCUGUCCGCCUUGGCCGAUUCACUGCGGCACCGGGAUGCAGGUGGCUCUGGAGAUCACUGCACGCUACUGUGGCCGGGAGCUGGAUCAGUAUGGCCAGUGUGUGGCAGCAAAGCCAGAGUCAUGGCAGCGAGACUGUCACUACCUCAAGAUGAGCAUUGCGCGGUGCACAUCCGCCCACCCAAUCAUCCGCCAGAUCCGCCAGGACUGUGCUGAGCCCUUCGAGGCGUUCGAGGAGUGUCUUCGGCGAAACGAGACAGCUGUGGGGAACUGUGCCGAGUACGUGCGCCGAUUCCUGCAGUGCGCCGAGCAGGUGCAGCCGCCACACUCACCCACACCUGUGGAGACUCAGCCACUUCCUGCCUCCUGAGGACUCCUUUGGCUUCAGGAAGACUGGACACAAGGGACUGGCCUCUUGAACCCCUCACCUCCUGCAGAGUGACCAUGUUUUGAGUCCUGAGGGCCUGCACUGUGGGCCUGGCUUCCCUGGACCUCAGGAUAAAUAAAGACUACGCCCUGGGCUGUGGUUCCUGCCCUUAGCCCCUCAGCAGAAA